AUGGCUAGCACUAUCAACAUGGCAAGUGAGCAUGUGGUCGAACAACUAAAUCAAACCCAUGCCGCCAACGAAAAGCAUUUCGAUUCAGGGGAGGUCAUGCGAGACAUGAUUAUUGGUCUGGCUGAUGGAAUGACUGUGCCGUUUGCUCUGACGGCUGGUCUAUCUACCCUAGGCUCUUCCAAGCUGGUCAUCCUCGGUGGUCUUGCUGAACUCUUCAGUGGGUCGAUCUCAAUGGGCUUAGGGGCCUAUCUUGCUGCUGUAACUGAUCGAGACCAUUAUGCGAGCGAGGAAAAACGAGAGCGUGAAGAGGUUGUCUCCAAGCCAAAUGCAGAAAAGGAGGAAAUCCAUGAGAUUCUCUCCAAUUACGGGAUUUCUCGAGAGGCAAGCCAGAAUGUUGUGGAUUGCCUGUCUGAGAACCAUGAAAACUGGAUCCGGUUCAUGAUGGACUUUGAGCUGAAAAUGGAGGAGCCGAACGUAUCCAGAGCGUGGAUUUCGGCAGCAACGAUGGGGAUCUCUUAUUUCAUCGGCGGCCUCCUUCCCAUGAUACCCUACUUCGUUAUGCACAAGGUUGUCGACGCAUUGUUCGUAUCCAUCGGGAUCACAAUUGUGAUUCUGGUCGGCUUCGGCUUCAUCAAAAAUUAUGUUGUGAUCAAGACGAAACAAGCAGGACUGUACGGAGCGGCACAGGCCCUGUUAGUUGGCACCAUCGCCGCUGGAACCAGUUACGGGAUUGUGUAUGGCAUCGAUCAUAGCAACCUUUAUACAUAG